UAAAAAAUGGACAUCAAACCACUAUUGAAGAAAUUUGGUUCUUUGGUCCGAGCCAUUCUCACAUUUCUCUUUGCUCUCCUGGUACUUGGUGUGAUGUUAUGGGCAUACAUCGAUGGUUUCCAGAUAGCCUCAUCUCCAUAUAACAUCAUCACCUUUGGUUUCUAUGGGGUGCUUCUCAGCUUUCACGUCCUAAUUCAGAGCUUUUUUGCUUUUGUGGAGCAUCGGCGCAUGAAUGCAAGACGCAAACCAUGCUCUUACACAAAAACCAUUGGCUUUACUAUAUCAGCCUAUCAGGAGGACCCUGCUUAUCUCCGCGAGUGCCUUCAGUCAGUACGGAACCUGCAGUAUCCAUCGGAGCUGCUACGCAUUGUCAUGGUGGUGGACGGGAACUCAGAAGAUGACCUCUACAUGAUGGAGAUGUUCAGGGAAGUCUUUGCAGACCAGGAUCCUGGCUGUUGUAUAUGGCAGAACAACUACCAUUCUUGGAAGCCCACUGGGCAAAAAAAUGAUGCAGCAGAAGAUGAAGUAGUGUUUGAAGACCCUCAGCGCUUAGAGGUUGAAGAACUCAUCAGGACUAAGAAGUGUGUGUGCAUCAUGCAAAAAUGGGGAGGAAAGAGGGAAGUGAUGUAUACAGCAUUCAAGGCACUAGGAUCUUCUGUGGAUUAUAUACAGGUGUGUGACUCAGACACAAAAUUAGACCCUCUGGCUACAGUGGAGCUCUGCAAGGUGCUGGAGAGCAACCAGAAAUACGGCGCCGUGGGAGGCGAUGUGAUGAUCCUUAACCUUAAAGACUCUUAUAUCAGCUUCAUGAGUAGCCUGCGCUACUGGAUGGCGUUUAACAUUGAGAGGUCCUGCCAGUCCUUCUUUGACUGUGUCUCCUGCAUCAGCGGCCCCUUAGGUCUUUAUAGGAAUGACCUGCUGCAGCAGUUCCUGGAAUCCUGGUACAACCAGACGUUUCUUGGUACCCACUGUACUUUCGGGGAUGACCGGCAUCUCACCAAUCGAAUGCUAAGCAUGGGCUAUGCUACAAAGUACACUGCCCGUUCUAAGUGCUACACGGAGACUCCCGCUCAGUUUCUGCGCUGGCUCAACCAGCAGACGCGUUGGACCAAAUCCUACUUUCGUGAAUGGCUGUAUAAUGCUAUGUGGUGGCACAAGCAUCACUUGUGGAUGACCUACGAAUCCAUUGUCUCAGGCAUCUUUCCUUUUUUUGUCACUGCCACCAUUAUCAAACUCUUCUGGACAGGCACUCUGUGGGACAUUUUGUGGGUCUUGUGCUGCAUCCAGUUGAUUGGUCUGGUAAAGGCAGCCUAUGCCUGCAUCCUACGACAAAAUGCAGUGAUGCUCUUCAUGUCCUUAUACUCUGCUCUCUAUAUGACCAGCCUCCUGCCUGCCAAAUACUUUGCCAUUAUCACCAUGAACAAAAGCAGCUGGGGGACAUCGGGCCGUCGUAAGAUGGUGGGGAACUAUAUCCCCCUGGCACCUCUAUCAGUGUGGGCGGCCAUCUUGUUGGGAGGCCUGGGGUACACGAUCUACAAGGAAAGCAUUAAGACUUGGACAACAGAUGGAAAGAAAGAGGAAAUCAAGUUUUUGAUAUUUGGAGCCGCAGCUUAUGUGUGCUACUGGCUUGUAAUGCUCUGCCUCUAUUGGAUGUGGUUUCGGAGAUUAUUCCGAAAACGUUCACAGAGUUACACUGUGAAUGUAUAGGACUAAUAUUUGGGCACAUUAAUUAUUUAGGAACACUUGCACAUUUUAUAUUUUUUAUUUUUAAAUGGUUUACAUGCAAUUUUAUUUAUAGACUUUUUAAACUGUUUUU